AUGAAUUAUAGUGUAACAGCUGGUGGUAAACGUUUACGACCAUUAUUAAUGAUGAUGAUAUCUGAUUUAUUUAAUUUAGAAUUAAAAAGUAUUUUACCAUUAGCUUGUGGA